AUUUUCUCCCUGCUCUUUGCAUAUUCUCCUCUAUAAAUACCCGCACUGAAACAUAAAUUUCCCUCUUUCUCCUCAAUUUCUCACCCAAAUUACGUCUCUCUCUCUCUCUCUCUCUCUCUCUCAAAACCCUAAACCUCCAUUCUCUUCUGUUUCUCGAUCCCAAAUUAAUCGAAUAUUGAAACUUUUUGUACGAAUUCAAGGCUCGAUUCCGGCGAGUCGCCGCCUCGAGCUCUCCCGGGGCUUUUCCCGGAAAGACAUGAGCUUAGUGUUCUCGUCCACUGAAGGGAAAGAAAGCAAAAAUGGCGUCAAGAGCGAUUGUCAGAGGAAGAAAGUACAUCUUAGGUCACCUGAAUGUUACUGUUCGUCCAUGUUCUGGUUUUUCUAGUUUUGCACAGGGAAAAUUUUCUCAAGACUCAGAUAGAAAGGCUCAAGAUUCUAAUUAUUCAGAGUGUAAGGAGCAGGAAUCAAAUAUAAUACAGAGAGAAUAUUUAUACUUCUUACCCAGAGGAUUUCCCAAUUAUCCAGCCUCUAUUUUGGGUAGCCGGUAUGGGAGAUCAGAGAUUUCUCUUCCCCUAGGAGUCAGAUGGUUGUCACAGCAGCCAAGUCGGACUGCGUCCACGGCUACAGCUGGUCAACCUGAAGUAGCUCGCCAGGAUGAGGAUAAAGAAGAUCAGAAUCCAAAACAAACAAAGGAGGCAUCGCCAGAGGAAUGUGAUCAGGCUGUUGAAGGCCUAAGUAGUGCAAAGGCUAAAGCGAAAGCCAAAAAGCUGCAAGAAUCACAGAAAGCUUCUCAAUCUAUCGUACAAAAAUUCUGGGCGAAGCUUUUGGGGAUUGGACCCGCAUUGAGAGCAGUUGCUUCCAUGAGUAGGGCGGAUUGGGCUGUAAAGCUGCGCCACUGGAAGGAUGAAUUUAUUUCUACUUUGCAGCAUUAUUGGCUUGGUCUGAAGUUACUGUGGAAAGAUAUCAGGAUUUCUUCGAGAUUACUGCUCAAACUUGCUGGUGGGAAGAGCCUUUCUAGAAGGGAGCGGCAGCAGCUAACUCGCACCACAGCUGAUAUAUUCAGGCUCGUUCCGGUUGCUGUUUUUAUCAUAGUUCCAUUCAUGGAAUUCUUACUUCCAGUGUUCCUUAAAUUGUUCCCGAACAUGCUUCCAUCAACUUUUCAGGACAAGAUGAAAGAACAGGAAGCUCUGAAAAGGAGACUAAAUGCACGAAUAGAGUACGCUAAGUUUUUGCAGGACACUGCUAAGGAAAUGGCAAAAGAGGUACAGGUCUCACGUACUGGAGAAAUUAAACAGACGGCAGAAGAUCUAGAUGAAUUCUUGAACAAGGUCAGAACUGGCGCUGAUAUUUCAAAUGAUGAAAUCCUAAGCUUUGCAAAGCUGUUCAAUGAUGAGUUGACUCUGGACAAUAUUAGCAGGCCAAGAUUAAUUAAUAUGUGCAAGUAUAUGGGAAUUCCACCAUAUGGCACAGAUAAAUAUUUACGCUAUAUGCUUCGGAAAAAGUUACAACAGAUAAAGGAGGAUGAUAAGCUAAUCCAAGCAGAGGGCGUAGAGUCUCUUUCAGAACAGGAACUUCGACAAGCAUGUCGUGAUAGAGGCCAUCUGGGUUUGCUCUCAACCGAGGAGAUGCGCCAGCAGCUGCGAGAUUGGUUGGAUUUAUCACUCAAUCGGUCUCUUCCAUCUUCUCUGCUCAUACUUUCUAGAGCAUUUACUGUGUCUGGAAAGUUGAAGCCCGAAGAGGCUGUUGUAGCUACACUGUCAUCUCUACCAGAUGAAGUUGUCGAUACUGUUGGUACUGGAUUGCCAUCUGAAGAUUCUGUUUCAGAGAGGAGAAGGAAGUUGGAGUUCCUUGAAAUGCAAGAAGAACUUAUCAAGGAGGAAGAGAAAAAGCAAGAGAAAGAAGAGAAAGCUAAGAUAAAGGAACCUGAGUUUAAUGAGGAUGUGGCUUUGAAAGAGAUGACCAGUCCUACUGCUCGUGAAUCAGAGGAGCUGGCACAAGCAAAAACAUUAGAAAAACAAGAGCAGCUCUGUAGAAUCAGCCGCGCUCUGGCUGUUCUAGCCUCAGCAUCUUCAGUUAGUAGGGAGCGUCAAGAGUUCUUGAGCCUUGUAAACAAAGAGAUAGAGUUGUAUAAUACUUUACUUGAGAAAGAGGGUACUGAUGGAGAAGAAGAGGCUAAGAAGUUAUAUAGAGCAGCUAGGGAUGAAGCUAUUGAAGUAGCAUCAGGGAAUAAGGUCACAUCUUCUCUUCAAGAUCGGAUUGAUAGCAUGCUUCAAAGCCUUGAAAAGGAGAUUGAUGAUGUUGAUGCUAAAAUUGGCGACCGUUACAAUCUUCUCGACAGGGACCAUGAUGGCAAAGUGACAGCAGAGGAGGUUGCAGCUGCAGCGAUGUAUCUUAAAGAUACUUUAGGCAAGGAGAGCGUCCAAGAGCUCAUCAGUAACCUCUCCAGAGACAGAGAUGGUAAGAUACUUGUCGAAGACAUAGUCAAGCUGGCUAGCCAAGACGAGGAGGCCAAUAACAAUGAAGCGAAAAAAUAGUUAGGUCAACUAUAAACAAAAUCUACUACAGAAUCCUCUUCUAUUUUUUUGAUUCAAUAGUUGAGGCAUUCCGGUAAAAUACAUACAUUCAAAUAUUUUGUUGUAGACCAUCAGGCGAUUCUUUAUGCAGCGGAUGAGGGUUGCAUGGAUGAGGGUUGCAUUUCUUGCUGCUGUAUAAUUUAGAGCUAGUAUUAUUUACUAUGUACAAAAAGAAGUGACCUGAUUCUAUUACAUAUUUAUAAAGCUACUACAUCUGUGACAGAUUAAGCUC